UGGUGGCUCCUUUCUACACUCGACGACAGGAGCGACGACAGACGACAGGAGCGCAGCGAACUCGCGCGGCACAAAAUCUGCGCGCAGACGCCAAAAAUGGGCAAAAUCUACCAAGUCGUGGUCCACGGGCUCCGCGGGGAGAAGAUGACCGUGGACCUCUGCAACACCGAGGAGCAGAUGCAAACCAUGACGGUGUUGCAGCUGAGGGAGAGGAUCGCGCAGAAACUUCCAAACAACGCAGGGGAGAAUGCGCGUCUGAUCUUCACAGACAAGAUGCUGGACGAUGACGCCACGCUGCUGUCGCAGUACGGGAUCCAGCACAUGUCCGUCAUCCACAUGGUGUUGAGGGUUCCCGGAGGACUGACCGCCUGAUGGACACCGUCUCCUCCCGUCGUACAAACAGAAGACUCCCACUGACACCGUUUACAAAUGCCAAGCCUUCAACUGUUCGGGUCGUGUUUUCACCCCAACAAGAUUCGGGCCCGAGUUGCCUUGAAAUAUGUUUGAAAAAUUCACCUUGCUGUUGCACAAAAUAAAACCAUUAUGUUCUCUC